AUGGUCUGUCGGAAGUGGAAUGACUUUAUUACGAGUGAGCAGUUUUGCAAAUAUUACUUUUCUAAUAUUGUGUGUCAUGUUGAGAAUUUGAGUGAAGAGUUCCCAUUACUUUCUCUUGAUAGGAUUGGAUGUGAUUUGGAUAAUUAUCAACGAGUUGAUUUGUCUGCAGGAUCUCCAAUGCCAUUAGGAGAAAUUUUCAACAUAUUGGAAGAUUCAUCUGCUGUGAAAAAAUUGAGUUUAUUGGGAUAUUCUUGGAAAGAACAUUUUUAUUGGAAAGUAUUGAGUUUAAUUGCGAGUUUGAAAAAGAUAGGACUGAAAGAUCUUGAUGAAACUAUGAAAUUAACAAUUGGUGCCUUGUUAGAUGAUGAAAAAGAAAAAUUGAAACUUGUGUUAAAAGAGUGGAGAUUACAAAAUGUAUUCAGGGUUGGAUUUUGUUUCCUCUGUACUCAUCGAUUUUUGGUCUGCAUGAGGGAUAAUGGUGAAUUUUAUGGCGUAAUAACUAACGUCUUCCUUACUCAUGCAACCUUUAGUAAUAUGGAAAUUCAAAAUGAGAAAUUACUAUCAGAUUUUUUACAAAUUACAGGAUCACCUAAUUGUAAUGGAUUAAUCACUCAACCAGUGAAAUUAUUCAAUGACUUGCACAUGGCACUCAUUCCAGAAUCAAGAAAAGACAAAGCUUCCUAUUUAAUGAGAACCCAUUUCAUUAGAGCUCCAUUUCUUGUCUUUACCGAAGAGUACACAGAAGAGAAGAGAAAAAUCAAUCCAACAUGGGAUAUUGAUUAUUCAGAAAUCUCUGCUGCAUGGGAAAAACUCUCCACACAACAAUUACAAUACUAUGAAGAACAAUCUCAGCAAGACCGUCUACGAUACCAGGCAGCAAUAGAUAACUUUGUUUAUAGACUACCUUUAGAAUAG